AUGUCGAAGUAUUCGCACAGGAAUACUCACAAACCCUUCCCUGCUGGAGGAAUAGACCAGCAGAGAACGAAUACAUUCGGGGUGACCUCCGCUAUAUCUUACGAUGGUCCAACAUUCGCGGAUACCGAGAAAAGCAGGCAACUGCAAGAAUUCCUCGGCUCGUUUGGGGUGUUUGAGACGGAACAAGAGACCCAGCACCGGUGCUCGGUGCUCAGCGCCCUGCACAACCUCGUUCUGAAGUGGAUCAGGGAGGAGUCUCUUAGACAGAACAUGCCUCCUGCUGUAGCCAGUUCUGUGGGAGGAAAGGUGCUUUGCUUUGGCUCAUACAGGCUAGGGGUUCACAACCGCGGCGCUGACAUCGACGCGCUGUGCGUUGCGCCGCGUCAUAUUCAGAGGAGAAGUUUUUUCUCUGCAUUUUAUAAACUCUUGCAGUCACAUCCGGAGGUUAAAGAUUUGAGGGCGGUGGAGGCUGCUUAUGUACCGUGCAUCAAAAUGUCGUUUCACGGCAUUGAGAUGGACGUAUUGUUCGCUAGGCUGCCAUUACCGAAAAUCCCAGAUUCCUUGGACCUCGAUGGUGAUGUAUUGCUGCAACAUAUGUACCCGAAGUGUGUGCGCUCGCUGAACGGCUGCAGAGUGACGGACGAGAUCCUGCGCCUCGUGCCUAAUGUGGACACCUUCAGGGUCACACUGCGCGCCAUCAAACUAUGGGCUAAACGUCACGGCAUAUACUCAAACGCACUCGGCUACCUGGGCGGCGUGUCAUGGGCCAUGUUGGUAGCCAGGACCUGUCAGUUGUACCCCAACGCACUGCCUGCGACAUUGGUGCACAAGUUCUUCCUGGUGUUCAGCCAGUGGAAGUGGCCACAACCAGUUUUGCUGAAACGACCUGAUUGUAUCGACCUUGGGUUCCCCGUGUGGGAUCCUAGAGUAAACGAGGGGGAUCGCGAUCACGUGAUGCCCAUCAUCACUCCUGCCUACCCACAACAAAAUUCUACAUUCAACGUGUCCGCUGCCACCAGGUCGGUCAUGGUAGAAGAAUUAAAGAUUGGUCUGGCCACCACUGAAGAGAUCAUGAAGGGCAGGUGUGGGUGGCAGCGCUUGUUCGAGAUGCCCGCGUUUUUUAAUACAUUUAAUCAUUUCGCGGUGGUGCUGGCCUCCUCCGCCAGCCAGGACGACCAGCUGAAGUGGUGCGGGCUCGUUGAGAGCAGGAUUCGACAUCUAGUCGAAUCACUUCAAAAGGACGAACCAGUGGCAUUAGCGCGGGUGCACCCAAAGUGCUACAAUUGUGCACCCGUUAGUGCAACCACUGGGCAGGCCCCAGCCAACUGCUGCUCGAUGUGGUUCAUCGGGUUGGAGUUUGCGAAGACCUCUGUCAACUUAGAUAUGACGUGUCACAUACAGACGUUCACGGAGAACGUCAACAAUAUCGGGAGGAAAACCAACAUGCUUCAGGACGGCAUGGCUAUACAGGUCCGGUAUGUGCGUCGAGAGGAGUUGAACCUGUACCUGCCCGACUCCCUGCUGCGCCGCGAGCUCACCUCCCCCGACGCAAAGCUACAUCAAAGCUUUGCGCCCCAGGCCGCGCCCCUGGUAGAGCCCCCGGCCGCGCCACUCAACGCCACCAAGCGGCCCGCCGAGGGCGGCGACCACACCGACGUGCCGCUGUGGUCGGGUCCAGAGUUCAUCCGUUCCGUCAUGGUAGAAGAACUUAAGAUUGAAUUACUUCAACAGGACGAACCAGUGGCAUUAGCGCGGGUGCACCCAAAGUGA